AUGACGACCAUGGAGAGCUUGAUAGGUUUGGUCAACAGAAUUCAGAGGGCCUGCACAGCGCUCGGCGACUAUGGCGGCGGCGAUACUACCUUCUCUUCUCUCUGGGAAGCGCUUCCUUCUGUUGCCGUCGUCGGAGGACAGAGCUCCGGCAAGUCUUCCGUCCUUGAAAGCAUAGUUGGCAGGGACUUUCUCCCUAGAGGAUCAGGGAUUGUGACGAGGAGGCCGCUGGUGUUGCAGCUUCACAAAACUGAAGAAGGAACAGAGGAGUAUGCCGAAUUCCUCCACCUUCCUAACAUGAAGUUCUCUGAUUUUGCCGUUGUGCGCAAGGAAAUCCAGGAUGAGACGGAUAGAGUGACUGGGAAAUCGAAGCAGAUAUCUCCUGUUCCGAUUCACCUCAGUAUUUACUCUCCCAAUGUUGUUAACUUAACUCUCAUUGAUCUACCUGGUUUGACAAAAGUUGCUGUUGAGGGCCAGCCUGAGAGCAUAGUUCAAGACAUAGAGAUGAUGGUUCGUAGCUACGUUGAGAAGCCAAAUUGCAUUAUCCUUGCUAUAUCUCCGGCUAACCAAGAUAUAGCAACAUCUGAUGCUAUCAAACUUGCAAGGGAAGUGGACGCCCCAGGUGAAAGAACAUUUGGGGUCUUGACGAAGUUGGAUUUGAUGGACAAAGGAACUAAUGCGCUCGAUGUGCUUGAAGGAAGAUCUUACAGAUUGCAACAUCCUUGGGUCGGAAUCGUGAACCGUUCACAGGCUGAUAUAAAUAAAAAUGUGGACAUGAUAAUUGCAAGGCAUAAGGAAAGGGAGUACUUCGCUACCAGUCCUGACUAUAGCCAUCUAGCCAACAAAAUGGGUUCCGAGUAUCUUGCGAAACUACUUUCAAAGCAUUUGGAAGCUGUGAUCAGGGCUCGUAUACCAAGUAUUACAUCCAUGAUUAACAAAACAAUUGAAGAGCUUGAAUCCGAGAUGGACCAUCUGGGUAGGCCUAUAGCGGCUGACGCUGGGGCUCAACUAUACCUGAUUCUAGAACUUUUGCGUGCAUUUGACCGGGUAUUCAAGGAGCAUCUGGAUGGAGGCCGUCCUGGGGGAGAUCGAAUCUAUGGGGUGUUUGACAAUCAGCUUCCAGCUGCUUUGAGAAAGCUUCCAUUCGAUCGACAUCUUUCAAUGCAGAAUGUCAGGAAAGUAGUGUCUGAGGCAGAUGGUUAUCAGCCACAUCUGAUUGCCCCAGAGCAAGGCUACAGACGUUUAAUCGAGAGUUCUCUAAACUAUUUUAGAGGCCCAGCUGAGGCUUCUGUGGAUGCUGUUCACUUCGUGCUGAAAGAGCUGGUCAGGAAAUCAAUUGGGGAGACUCAGGAACUGAGACGGUUUCCAACACUGCAAAUGGAGUUGGCAGCAGCGGCUAAUCAUGCACUGGAGAGGUUCCGGGAUGACAGUAAGAAGACUGUCGUUCGGCUGGUUGAUAUGGAGUCAUCAUACUUGACAGUGGAGUUCUUCAGGAGGCUUCCCCAGGAGGUAGAGAAAGCAGCAAGCGGACCGGGUGGACCUGUGUCCCCAAAUGUCGACCGGUACACAGAUGGACACUUCAGGAGGAUCGGGUCAAAUGUGUCAUCAUACGUCGGGAUGGUGUCCGAGACACUGAGGAACACAAUCCCAAAGGCAAUCGUGUAUUGCCAAGUGAAGGAAGCGAAGCAGUCACUGCUCCACCACUUCUACAUGCAGAUAGGGAAAAAAGAGGGGAAGGAGCUGGCUCAGUUGUUAGAUGAAGAUCCUUCUUUGAUGGAAAGAAGGGUACAGUGUGCCAAGAGGCUGGAGUUGUACAAGUCAGCUAGAGAUGAGAUAGAUUCUGUAUCAUGGGCACGCUGA